UUCGCAUGCGCGUAUUUAUCGAGCGGCGUAGCCUCGGCGAGGCAGUCGCCGUGCGGAGUCGAGUGAUCGCAUCGGGUCCCGGUGACUACUCCGUUCGCCGUGGUAACGUAGACUGGCCAGUGCUAGAGAAGAUAGUGAGCGUGAACGCGUCGUUAUGGCCGCCUCGGUAGCGGUCCGAUAAAACCGCCAUUCAUUUGCGUCCGAUCAUCCUGCGAAAGGAGCCCAGCGGGUGACGUAGCGGCUAGACGGAAGAGAGUAGGAUGCCGGCGGAUAGCCCGCGAUGACCCAUCGUCGUCUCGGCUCGAUCAGCUACUCGCUCUUUGUCGGGUUCGCCCGAGCGUGAUUCUGGCAGAGUGCUGGUGCGUCGUGAGUGGUGGUUGCGCGGCGACAGGCAGGCCCAGCGAGGAUCGGGGCCUAGACCGGCAGCGGCCGACCAGCAACGACACCUUCCUUGGGCCAGCCGGGCAUGGCUACUCUCGCGGGCAGCUCGACCUCGGGCCUCGUCAGGCCGCCGACCAUGCUCGAGCAGCUCCUAGAAGAGAUCAACUUCCAGAGAACCAAGGAGCUCAGGCAGAUGCUCAAGGAUGACUCCGGGUUCGUGGUACUACAGGGUACAACCUACUGGACGGACCUGUUCGUGCGGCAUUUCCUUUUCCAAGCGGAGCACACGAUCGACGGCGACGAUCUGCUCUUCUUCGUCCGGAAGAAGCAUGUGAAGACCUCGUCGAGGUACUUGCCGAAGUUCGAGACCGAGGUGGACGUGUUCCGCAAGGACAGCAAGAAACUGCCGAUCGGCGAUCCCGACAUCGAUUGGGAGGAAACCGUGUACCUGAACCUGGUCGUACAUCAGUUCGACUACACGCUCACGCUGGCGAUCUGCACAAGAACGAGCCCCAAGGAAUUGCAGGUCCUCCGAAGACACUCGCAGAAGGUGUACGCCAGCCCGAGUCGUCGCCGCAUGGACGCGAAGGGGGACCUCGAGGAGAUGACGUACCCGCACAUCUGCUUCAUGGUGGACAAUUUCGACGAAGUUUUCUGUGAUAUUCUAGUCAGGGACGGUGAGAUGGUAUGCGUGGAGCUGGUUGCCUCCGACAGAGAGGGCGCGAUUCAGGGUGUGAUUUUCCUCGGUUCUAUCAGAUACGACGCGCUCAAGAAAGUCUACGAUGCUAGGUCCAGCUUGAGUACCAAGAUGGCGCAGCGCAUGACCUUCGGCCUGUUUUCCGGCGCAGCUUCGCAGAGAAUAGAGUUUGUUCGGAUGAAAGGACCUCGUGGUAAAGGCCACGCGGAGAUGGCUGUGACAAAGCCGAAAGGCUCGGGCGCCGAGACUCCCACCUCGGAACCAGGCUACUGCGCCACCGAUUCGCUCUGGGACGCUGAUUGGGACGAUGCCGAAGAACUGUUCAUGUAUCGACAUCAACGAAGACUAUCGGAUCCCAGUGCAAACCUGAACAAUUUCGUUCGCGGCGGAUGGAGGACGAAACCGGACACCGCCGCGACCAAGGCUAGGUCCGAGAACGAGGGGCUGGACUCGAUGGCGAAUGGCUUGAGCGAGAUUGAAGCUGGGGAUGUUCGAGACGCCGACCCACAGGAUAGCAGCUGGGGCGGCGGGGGCUCACCAGGAAAUCGCAGGCAUCUACCCGGCAAGCAACAACAACAACGUCCCAAGCAAAAGCAACGUAACUCGUGGGAACGCGCCGGCAACGAGAACUCGCCCAAUCGCAAGGAGGCCUAUCACGAAACACACGGCCUCCAGAACCACCAGCACAACCAUAUCGAGGUCGGUAGCGAGAUACUGGUGCCGGCGGCGGCGUGCCUCACGGACGACAACGUGAGGCAGAAGCUGGACGCGGGCGCCAUUAUGGUGCACGGCAAGGAGGAACUGCCGUUGGGUUACGAGGAGGAGCAGGACAAUAACCGGAAGCGGCGCCCGUACAGCACCGGGCAGAUCACGAACGAGCGGAUCAACAAUCUCGAGAACGACGAGGAGCAACGGCGUCUCAGCGACGACGAGGUGUUCCGGUCCCGCCGGCCGGACAGCCGUCGCAGGCUGAGGUCGGCCGGCUCCGACCACGAAGAGUACUACAACACCAGCCGUAACCGGAACAAAAACGACGACCAGUUGAAAGACAAAAACGCGAACUCACGUAUCACUCGGGGCAACCUGACCACGCACAGGCAGAGCGCCACGCUGCCCAGGCGGAGGCGAAGACGAGCCCUGUCCGGAAGCUUCGCUGGCAACCCUCUACCACCGCACAGAGUCACGCCAGACGGCACAGCCAUCUACUAUUGGUGCGAGCUCCCGCGCCGCCCCGGCUCACAGGAGCUGGACGACGGAGCUUACAACCCCCUCUGGACCAUGAGGGGAUUCACCCAGACCUUCCACUUCUGGAAGGAGACCAGGCGAGCCCAGUCCGUUCCCCUGAACGCGUUUCUCACCUACAUCACGCUGCCCUGGUGGAGCAUUGCCAAAGAUAUUCUUGAUCAUCGAGAAGGACCUAUCCUGACGUUCUAGCCAAGGUGAGGCAGCUCUCUUUUCAUUUCCAUGGAGAUCCCCAUUUGCCAUAUGAUUUCCCACUUUGUACGCGCUUGGACAGAAAACUGUGGUCCAAUGAAAUCGACGAUAUGUAUAGACGAAGAAAUAAACAAGAUACUAUUUACAAU